AUGGAAGAAGACGCCAAACGAACGAGUCGGAUGAUGAUCAUGGGCCGCCGACCUCCUCUCCCUCUAUUCAGCUGCGGGCUCGAUCUGGCGAACUUGGCAGUGGCGUCGGGUCUUCUUGGUCGCUCAUGGGACGCGGUUUCACAGCUCCAGGGGCAAGUCAAUGCCGAGCAGCCACACCUAUCGUCGCCGUCGUCUUCCUCCUCGUCGGUGGCUUUCGAAGAGUUCCAGCACCCGGAGUACACAAUCGUUGCUUUCAAUGCGUUGCCUAUCGGCAUUAGCCAUCUUCAAGAACAGAGCGAUUUGGUUCCCUGGUCGGAGAUCCCUCGCUUCCAUUUCCUCUGCUCCGAGAAUAUCCCAUCGUUUUCCUUGAACAGAGCAGCGAUUUCUCUGUUCGACUCCCUCUGCGACGAGCACGAACUCUCUGUCCUGAGAGCUCAGAUUGCAGAAUCUGCUAAGUCUACCGCGUACAUUAUUACCGGACACUGCCUAGCUGGAUGCGUGGCUUCUCUGUUCACGCUAUGGCUUUUAGACUCGCUCGAUGCCUCGACCACUAUAUGGCCACUCUGCAUUACUUUCGGCUCGCCUCUCCUCGGCGACAAUGGCUUCCAGCGAGCCGUAUCACAGUUCUCAGCGUGGAAUUGCUUGUUGCACGUGGUCCAUAAGGAUGACUGUUUCCCUAGACUCUGGCUUCAACCUCAUGGCGAGCCAAGCUCCUAUGUGCCUUUUGGGGCAUUCCUCUUGUGUUCUGACUCAAGUGGCGCGUGUUUUAGAGCUCCUGAAUCAGUAAUGGAGCUGCUGCUUGCGAACAGGAGCAGCACAGAGAGUGGUCGAAAUCAAGAAUUACGAGGUUUUCAUUACGGUAGCAUCAUUGAACGUCUCGAAGGCGGAUCCAUAUGCAAGGACCCAAAUUCGUUGGCAGAGGACGAACCUGAUUCAUUUAAGGCUGGGAUAAUCGCUCAAGUGACAGCGGUCGACCUUGCACAAGUUCAGCUUUCACAUCGGCCAUGGCAGCAGAACGUUAAUGCUCAGAUGGAGAAAGUCUCAAAAUCAGAAGAAGAAUCUGCGACCCGAAUCCGAGCAGCAGCAAGAAGCAAUACCUCCAGCAAAGCAAGUGACAUGGAAAGGAAAAUAUUCAUGGUCCACCUUGAAUGGUAUAAGAAAGCGACAGCGUCCGACGGUUUUGGUUAUUACGACAGCUACAAGAGCAAGCCGAAGGAGCGUGAUCACCGAGUUGUCACGUACAAGGAGACCCUCAAGGAAUACUGGCAGCGCGUCGUCAAGGAGUCAGAGAAGAUGCCUCAGAAGGAGGGGGCAUGGCUGCGGCAGGGCUGGCUUUACGGGGGAAACACUUACCGGAGGAUGGUCGAGCCGCUCGACAUAGCUGAGUACUAUGCCAAGGGCAAUAGGAAUUACCUAACUGAAGGAAGGUCCAAGCACUACAUUCUAUUGGAGAAAUGGCUAAAAGAGAACCCGCAGAGGCCUGCCCCGUGUAAUUCGGUCAACUCGAGACGCGAAAAAGUCUCGUCCAACAUCCUCACCGAGGACUCUUGCUUCUGGGCGCACGUCGAGGAGGCGGUCAUCUCAGGCAGGUUGCUGAAGAGCGGAGGACCGGAUUUGGCCGUGGAGAGAGAGAAGCUGGUCGAGUUCGAGCAGUACGUGAUGAGCCUCCUUGAGAGGUACGCGGUGUCGUCGGAGAUUUUCCUGGAGAAGAGCAGCUACAUGAAAUGGUGGAGAGAGUAUGAUGAGGAGAUCCUAGGGAAGCAGAUGAUGGGAGCUUCCCAUGACUCGCAGCUUGCUCAGUUCAUGAGGAACGAGUGCUAUCACCAGUAGGCUUCGGGGUCCUUCACAUUCGAUCACUCAUCAUGGUGAUUGAUCUCGUGUCCUUUCGCUGAAGAUCAGGGAAAGUGUUGAGGGCUGAGAGAGGGAAAUGAGACGGAGCGGCGACGCCGAAUUCAAGCUCGCGAGCGACUUUAAAAAUGUUUCUAGCUUGUCUUAUUGACUAACGUUGUUACGAAUCGAGUUAUGUUAAGAUGGUGGGGGUGGAGUUUAAUUGUUAUUGUGAAAUAUGACUUCGUUUCCUAUUCCUAUGUACCGGUUGAUUUC